CUCAUGGCGACACGGCGUUAUGCUAGCAGAAUGGCUGCCAUGCUCGUUGGCUUAGUCAUGGUCCUCUUGAGUGUGGCUGCCACAGGUCGUGCAGCUACGGUGGUGACGGUUAAAGGAAGCCCGACCGACGGCGAUUUCAUCGGCGCCCUGGCUCCUGGGAGCGGUUAUGUGCAGGCGGAGCCGGACACUAUCGAAGUGGCCAACAAUGCCGAGCACGGGGCAGUCAACUUUGCUUUGGGAUCGGCCAUCACCUCCUCUACCGGCCUCGUCCAUUUCCUCCCCUCGAGUGCUAUCGUCUUUCAAAGGGUCGAGGCAGACCUGCCGUUCGAUCUUCGCCUGGCCGUCAUGUCUGCCACGGCACAGUACGAGGACAACGAGUUUGACGACUGGCCGUGGAGCACUGUCGACUCUUUUGAUCAUUUGAUUGCUGGCAAUCCGAUGGUCGUUGGUACUUGGGACUCGGCCGGUAAUCGGUGGCUGGUCAGGGGCACCGAGCUGGCUGACAUGCUCACCUCUGCCUACUCCUAUGGCGCCAUUGACCGCGAUCACCUGCUUGUCUUUAUGGCACAGGACGGUUCUGCCUGUGGUGCAGGCGACUUGUGUCGAAUCCAUGUCGAUCCGGUGCCCAUGGUCUCUAUCAACUACGUCGCCGUCUGCCCCAUGCUCUCCGUCGAAAACGGCUCACUCUCCAUCGAUCCCACCACACUCACGACCGUCGCCCCUGUCGGUGACUCGCUGCAUCUGAACUGCGAUCCCGGUUUCGUGGCCACCACUGUCGAUGGCCAUGGCAACGUAACGUGCGACAGCUCUGGCGUGUAUCUGCCAGGCACGCCGUCGUGCCAGCCUGUGGUACCAUCACCGCCGCCGCCGUCGCCACCACCGUCACCGCCGCCGCCGUCGCCACCACCGUCACCGCCGCCCCCAUCGCCACCACCGUCACCGCCGCCGCCGUCGCCACCACCGUCACCGCCGCCACCAUCGCCACCACCGUCACCGCCGCCGCCGUCGCCACCACCGUCCCCUCCACCGUCACCGCCCCCGCCCCCCCCUGCUCCGCCCUGCGCAUUGCCAGCCUUUGUCGACUCGUGCGGCAUUUGCUCGGGCCACGGGACCGGCCACAUUGCCGACUCGGACCUUGAUAGUUGUGGCGUGUGCUUUGGUGGCAACGCCGAUCUUGACGACUGUGGCGUGUGCUUUGGCAACAAUGCCGCCAAAGACGGCUGUGGCAUGUGCUACGGGAACAACGCGACGUGUGCCGGAUGUGAUGGCAUCCCGUACUCGGGCACGGUCCCGGACAUCUGCGGAGUGUGCGGCGGCGAUGGCUCGGCCUGCUCCGGCUGCAACUUUAUCCCGAUCCCGCUGGGCGGCGUGUGGUGUGACGGAUGCGGCGUGUGCGGUGGGCCAUCGGGCAUCUCGGCGUGCGCGACCUCGUGCUUGCCUGACUCCUUCGCGGUUAAUGACUGCUUUGGCGUCUGCAACGGCACCGCGUAUAUCGAUGAGUGCGGCAUGUGCGUCGCAGGCUCCACAUCGAACACGCCCAAUGCGUUCAAAGACAGCUGCGGGGUGUGCUUUGGUGGCGACGCGGCACGCGACUCCUGUGGCGAUUGCUUCGGCAACAACGUUCGCCGUGACGCCUGCGGCAUCUGCGACGGGAACAAUGCCUUUCGCGAUGCAUGUGGGGUGUGCUUUGGCGGCGAUGCCGGCCGCGAUGUGUGCGGGGUGUGCGGUGGCAACGGAAGCUCGUGCGUUGGAUGUGACUUUGUUGUCGGAUCUGGACAGGAGCUUGACGCGUGUGGCGUAUGCGGUGGAAGCAAUGCAUGCCAAACCGCGCCUACCCGCCUAACCACGCUCUCGACUUCAUCCAUCGUCAUGGUUGGUUCGUCGGCCUGCCUUGUCUUGUUCAUCGCUACCGCCGCGGUCACGAUUGUCAUCCCGCGUCGCAUGCGGCGCUCCAAAGUCGGCUUCAUGGCUCGCAAGGAGGCCACCGCCCGAGCCGCUGCACCCACCGGCGAGCUCGCCAUUCUCAUCACUGACAUUUCCUCGUCGACUGUGCUGUGGGAAGAUGAGCCCGAUGCUAUGAAGCGCGCUGUAGUCCUCCACGAUGCAUGCAUCCGCACAACGCUGGCCGAGUACGGCGGAUACGAGGCCCGGAACGAGGGCGACUCGUUUAUUAUUAUCUUUCCUUCCGCUAACAUCCUCACCGCCAUCGAGGCCGCCGUUGCCGUCCAAGAGGAGCUGCUCCAGGUUGAGUGGCCGCUAGAAAUCCUUCGCCAUCAACUCUGUCGAUCCAAACUGCGCAAGUUGCAGGAAGGCAUUGCGCCCGGUCCUCUGCGGCACACCUGGCGCGGGCUGCGGGUUCGGACCUGUGUCCACGUCGGCAAGCCGAUUGCCUCGUUUGAUGUGCGGACAGAGCGCAUGGCGUACACCGGGAGCGCACUUGCCCAUGGAAACAACAUCCUCGCCGCCACCGAGCCGGGCCAAGUCACCAUCUCAAUGCGGGCUGUCGAGCGAAUGCCGAACCACAUCCCAGCCCACAUCAACCUCGAGUACGUCGGCUACGUCGAUGCCGGUGGCGGGACGCUCGACAUGUUCAAUGUCGCCGUCCAGGGCUCGGUCCUCAUGUUUCGUCAUUUUGCCGGUGUUUCGCGCAACAGAUCCGACUCGCUCAGCGUCCAGAGCCGCCAGCAGGUCCUCAUGCUCCGGCAGACUUCGACGCGAUCGCGGCGGAGCCGCAACGGCGAUCCACUGUCGACAAGCUCCAACCAUCAGCUUUGUUCGUCUGCCACUCACGCGACUGGGAUCUCCGUCAACCACGUCGAGCCGCAAUCGCCUCCUCGCCCGGUCUCCGGCUUGGCCUCAGUCCCGAUGGGCCUUGGCCGCAAGGCACCUCUCAUGCUCUGGACCUCACAUACUGGCUGCACUACACCGUCACGCCUCGACUCAACAUCCUCCGACUGCUCCAUGUUGCCAACGGAUGCACCGCGAGCGCGCGCCACGACAGUCGACGCGCGCGUCUCCGGCCGAGCAUCGGCCGACCCGACAGCCGAGUCUGUCGCUCACCAGCGGGGUUGCUCGCUACAGGGCUCGCGUGCUCGGACCCGAGUUCGGCGCACCAUACGAUCAUCGUCGCCAGCACACGCCAACCGGCGAGCCAUGCAUCGCUCGGGCUCGCAGAGCCACGCCAUCACCCCGCUUGCCGAGCCGCCAGCCAACCCGGCGUUCGCUUUCUUAUCGGGCGCCAUCGAGGCUUCGUCGGAUGGGGAUACGUCAAACUCGGGCAAUGCGACCAUUGCUGACCGUCACCGCCUUCGCAUCGUGUCACGCGGUCAUGUGUCCAACCACAAUCUCCGCGAGACCAUCGGCGGCGGCGGCAUUCCCAAACGAUCACAACGCCCCAAACGCAACAUGAGCCACAAGAACAGCAACCCAGCUCCGAAGCGGGUGUUUUCUUCGCCCGAGCUGGACUCGCUCGACCUCGAUCGUGUGCCAGGCACCUCUGGCUUGUCGCCCGCACACUUUCGCGCUUUGGCCGCCGAGGAGGCCGCCGCCUCCGCAAGUGGCACCAUCGAAGCCCUUGUCUCGCCGACCACGGACGAGACCAACCCCUUUGCCCCAUGUGCGGUCCCGAGCACGAUUCUGCGCAAGCGCAAGCGCAAGCGCAAGCAACACCCUGCCCAGGCCAUCGUCAUCCACGCCGCAACUCUGAUGGUCUCGCGCUCGAACUCAAUCGCUGUGGCGAGCUCUACCAUCUGGCAUGAUCCCCUCGUGCCCCAGACCAUUGUCGUAGAUGUGGGAGUCUUUCGUCCUCUUGGCAAGCUCACGGCCCCGGGGAUGAUUGUCACCGGAGCUGCCCGUCUACCACUUGUGUGGGCGCCCGGCCACCGGCGCGCCACGAUCCGCAGUCUCGAGCUCGUGCGACUGCUCUCAGACGCACAAAAGGUCGCUGGCGACGAGUUGGAUGUCGUGGUGCGGAUCGGGACGGACGAGAGCAGCGCGCCGGCAGAGAUCGAGAUCGCAGCCCUGGACGUUGUGGUCUCGCUCGCGACCGCUGACUCCAUUCACACGCCUUCUCGUGCGAGACAAGGCGUGUCCAGCGAUGUGUGCGGUGGCGAUGGCCUCCCCGACUCGUGCGGCGUAUGCUCUGGGCCUGGAACCGAGCACGUGGCCGACUCGGAUGUCGAUGCCUGCGGCGUGUGCUUUGGGGGCAACGCCGAUCUCGACUCGUGCGGCGUGUGCUGGGGCAACAACAGCUCAGUCGAUGUCUGCGGUGUGUGCUUUGGCGAUGGCCGCCAAUGUGUCGGCUGUGAUGGUGUGCCCAACUCGGACGCAGUACCCGAUGUCUGCGGCGUGUGCGGCGGGGACGGCAGCUCGUGCCUUGGCUGCAACGGCCUACCGAUGCCGGACGGCGGGCAGGUGUUUGACGGAUGCGGAACGUGUGGCGGGCCAUCUGGCGUGGGCACGUGUCCUGCCGCGUGCAAUGGUCUUGGUGCGGUGCACGACUGCGCGGGGGUGUGCGGUGGCGAGGCAUACGUCGACGGAUGCGGCGUGUGCGAGGUCUGGGCAGCUGAGGAUACAGCGAUGGCGGCAGAUGCUGCUCCCAAUGGCUUUGCUGUGAUCCUCAUCACCGAUGUGGUCGGCUCGACUCGGCUGUGGGAGGAGCUUCCCGAGGCGAUGGAGAAGGCCAUCGAUGUGCACAACGAGCUUGUGGCGCACAUCAUCAAGGACUUUGGCGGGUACGUGGCGCGAACCGAGGGCGAUGCAUUUGUGGCUGUCUUCCCCGCCAAGGGUGCCCUGCGAGCCGUCGAGGCCGCGUUGGCGAUCCAGACCCAGCUGCUGUACGCAGAGUGGCCAGACGCCGUGCUCGAGCAUCCAACCUGCCGGACCGAGGCGGCGACCAUGUCUGGACCCCGCGGCUACCCGCUGUGGCUAUGGCGUGGCCUGCGGGUCCGCAUCGGGCUCCACGCCGGCAAUCCGGUGGUUAUGCACGACACGCGAACGCAGCGGGCGGCAUAUACCGGGGCGGCCAUGUCGCAUGCAGAUGCGGUAGCGUCGGCGUCGGCUGCCGGCCAGGUGCUGAUGACCGCCGAGACGCGUCAGACUCUUCCGGCCACCUUGCCUUCGCACAUCUUUAUCGAGCACGUCGGAUGCGCCAAGGGCCCACCGGACGGCGCUGCAUACUUUGAUGUCUACUCGGUGUCGAGCCAGGGCUCGGUCGUGGCCUUGCGGACGUUUGAUCCUCUCCCGCAGCCGUGGGAGCUCUCGUCGGGCAUGCUUUUAUCACGCUCGUUGGACGGGCAAGGCUUUCCGGACAUGGGCUCGGCCAGCUCGCUCCGAUCAAAGCGAUCUCGUCGAGAGACCGAGAUGCAGUCGGACUUGAGGUGGAGCUCGUCGAUGGCCGGCGGUGAGACGUUUCUGUCGGAGCGGACCGGCAACGAGUUUGCGCUUAGGAACAACUCGGUGGCAUUUGAUUUGGGAGCGAUCAGCGUAGACGAGUCGACUUUGGUCUACUCGGGCGAGCUUGAUCGGCGGCGAUCGCGGGGCUGGCUCUCACCGCAGAACUCGGGAAUGAUUUCGGUGUCGUCCCACGGCCAGCGGUCGCGCGAGUUGUCCGACAUGGGGUCAUUGCAAGAUGAUGACGGCACGGGAUCGAAUGCGAGCAAGUCGAAGCGAUCGAAGAGGACGUCGACGCUCAAGAGCCUCCGUGCGCUGGGGCGCAACGGGCGAGUUGUGUCUGGCGGGCCGAUCUCGCUCAAUCCGGCACACCUCCAGUCAAUGGAGCUCGAGCCAUUGGAGCGGUCGAGGUCGAGGUCGCGAACAAGCAACGGCAAGCGGCGGCGAUCGUCACUCUCGCUCGCAAUCUCGCCCGCUGUCAUGAACCGCAACUUUGUCGACGGACAGAUUCGGGAGAUGAUGGGCAAAGUCUCGGACACGGGCUCAGUGUCGUUGUCGAUGUCAAUGUCACCAGGCUGCUCGGGUACCUCGCGAUCAGCGCGGACGCUUGCUGGUGCCCCCUGCACAUCCAAGGCUAUGUACACACGGAGCGCCAAGUCGAGCAUCGACGAGUCGGUGGCAUCGUCAAAGUCACGAUCCCGGAUGGGCCGCUCGUUUGAGGGCGAUAUGUGGCGCAACGAUGACCAAGUCGACGACCUUGUGUCUGAGGUCUCGCUCCCGCGCGCUUCCCUCGCGGUCCAUGACCAGAGCAAGACUCGGCGGUCGCGUCGCAUGGUUAUGCGCCCGGUCCCGCUGUCCCGCUCGCAGGAUGUGGAGCUGGAGAGCCUAGAGGCGAUGAUGGCCGGAUCGAGCAGCAAGUCGACGGCAAGCGAUGACCGUAGCUGCCAGGCCCAGAUCGCCGAGCUUGUGGGCUCAAGCCAGAGCGAGGGCAGCAACAGCGUCAGCACCUCCUCGAGUCGGAUCAUCGACUCGAACAGCGACUCCUACACUGGCUAG